ACUGUCCCUUGCGCCGUUCAGCCCCCGAGCCUACCACCUCACGAAAUCUCACUAGCCCGCUCCGGCUGACAGCCAUGGCCCACGAGCUCCGCCACCACUGCCUCGCCCUCCUCCUCAUCCUCCUCGCCGCGGUCGCCGGCGCCGGCGCGGCCACGCCGAGGCAGCUGUUCCUCGUCAGCCAGGCGCCCGUGGCGCUCACCAACCACCACGGCCAGCUGCUCACCGGAAACUACUCCGUGAACCUGCUCUGGUACGGGCGCUUCACCCCGGCGCAGCGCGCCGUCGUGGCCGACUUCCUCCUCUCCCUCUCGGCGCCCGUGACCGCGCCGUCGGCGCCCUCCGUGGCGGCGUGGUGGGCCACCACGGCGCGGUACCACCCGGGCGCAGCGCGGCUCACGCUCGGCCGCCAGGUGCUCGACGCGUCGCUCUCCCUCGGCCGCCGGCUCUCGGAGGCCUCGCUGGCCGCCCUCGCCGCGCGCCUCUCCCCGCACCGCGGCUCCGUUGCCGUCGUGGUCACGGCGCCCGACGUCCUCGUCGACGGGUUCUGCCUCUCCCACUGCGGCCUCCACGCGUCGGCCACCUCGUCCGCCGCUGCCGCGCCGGCCGCAGCCCACGGUGCCGGUGCCGCGACCGCCGCUUCGACCCCCACGCGCGGGCGCGGCCGGUUCGCGUACGUGUGGGUGGGGAACUCGGCGGACCAGUGCCCCGGGGAGUGCGCGUGGCCGUUCCAACCGCCGGCGUACGGCCCGCAGGCGCCGCCGCUGGUGUCGCCGAACGCGGACGUCGGGAUGGACGGCGUGGUGAUCAACCUCGCGACGCUGCUGGCCGGCGCCGUGACCAACCCGUACGGCGGCGGCUUCUUCCAGGGCCCCGCGGAGGCGCCGCUGGAGGCCGUGACGGCGUGCACGGGCGUGUUCGGUGCGGGCGCCUACCCGGGGUACCCCGGGCAGCUGCCGGUGGACGCCGCCACGGGCGCCAGCUACAACGCCGUCGGGGUCGCCGGGCGCCGGUUCCUGCUCCCAGCCAUGUGGGACCCCACGACCUCGCAGUGCUCCACCCUCGUGUAGCAGGCGUACACUAGGAUCGGCGUACGAGGUCGAGCAAAAUGUGUGGCUCGGUGUAGGGAUCGAAGGUUGUGGAGCUGGGAGUGGGAGGACUCGGUGGUGGCCUUUGUGGUUUCUCGUGAUCUGGUCUGUCAUUGUUCUUGUUCUUGUGAAUAUUUCGUGGUUGGAACUUGAAAUGAAAUCCAAAAAAAUGUUGGAAAAAGGUGGCGGCGGCAUUAUGUAUUGUUGAUCAGCA